AUGAUGGAGGAUGUGUAUGAUGUAGAGUCGGGGAUGGUGGGAGAACAGGGGGGCGACGAGGGGAGUGGGGGAGGUAGCAGGACGUUGGAGGCUGAUAUCAUCUCCACCGUAGAGUUCAACCACACUGGAGAGCUGCUGGCCACCGGCGACAAGGGUGGCAGAGUGGUCAUCUUCCAGAGAGAACCUGAAGGCAAGACGGAGCCAUUCUCGCAGGGCGAGUACAACGUGUACAGCACCUUCCAGAGCCACGAGCCCGAGUUCGACUACCUGAAGAGCCUAGAGAUCGAGGAGAAGAUCAACAAGAUCCGCUGGCUGCCCCAGCAGAACGCCGCCCACUUCCUCCUCUCCACCAAUGACAAGACCAUCAAACUGUGGAAGGUGAGCGAGAGGGAUAAACGGCCAGAGGGAUACAACCUGAAGGAUGAGGAGGGUCGGAUCAAGGACAUCUCAACCGUCACCUCCCUGCAGGUGCCCGUGCUGAUGCCCAUGGACCUGAUGGUCGAGGUGAGCCCGCGGAGGGUGUUUGCCAACGCCCACACCUACCACGUCAACUCCAUCUCCGUCAACUCCGACUGCGAGACGUACCUGUCGGCGGACGACCUGCGCAUCAACCUGUGGCACCUGGGCAUCACCGACCGCAGCUUCAACAUCGUGGACAUCAAGCCGGCCAACAUGGAGGACCUGACGGAGGUCAUCACGGCGGCCGAGUUCCACCCGUUCCACUGCAACCUGUUUGUGUACAGCAGCAGCAAGGGGACGCUGAGGCUGUGUGACAUGAGGGAGCAGGCCCUGUGCGACAAGCACUCCAAGCUUUUCGAGGAGCCCGAGGACCCCAGUGCCCGCUCCUUCUUCUCAGAGAUCAUCUCCUCCGUGUCCGACGUCAAGUUCAGCCACAGCGGGCGCUACCUGCUCACCCGCGACUACCUGACCGCCAAGGUCUGGGACCUCAACAUGGAGAACAAGCCCCUGGAGACAUACCAGGUUCACGAUUACCUCCGCAGUAAAUUGUGCUCCCUCUACGAGAACGACUGCAUCUUCGACAAGUUUGAGUGUGCAUGGAACGGCUCCGACAGCGUCAUCAUGACGGGGGCCUACAACAACUUCUUUCGCAUGUUCGACCGCAACACGAAGCGCGACGUGACGCUGGAGGCGUCGCGCGAGAGCAGCAAGCCGCGCGCCGUGCUGAAGCCGCGGCGGGUCUGCGCGGCCGGCAGCAAGCGGCGCAAGGACGACAUCAGCGUGGACAGCCUUGACUUCAGCAAGAAGAUCCUGCAUACGGCAUGGCAUCCCGCCGAGAACAUCAUCGCCAUCGCCGCCACCAACAACCUGUACAUCUUCCAGGACAAACUGAACUCCGAGAUGCACUAGCCAGUGGCGGGACGGACACGGCGGCGUGCGCUGCGUGUACCUGGUGUGUACUGUGUGUGCACAUGUGUGUGUGUGUGGGUGUGUGUGUGGGUGCGCAUGUGUGUGUGACACAAGGGAUAUGGGGGUGUAAAAAGACAAACGUGCCAGCAUGAAGGGAUACUAACGCUGGGCACACCCAUACACACACACACACACACACACACACACACACACACACACACACACACACACACACACACACACACACACACACACACACACACACACACACACACACACACACACACACACACACAUAAACACACACACACACACACACACUUGUAUGUGUGUUCUUGUACACACCUACCUGAUCCGGAUCCAUACACACCCUGUCACCACUCUGGGCCCCGGGAGUCCAGGAGCCUUCCAUGGUGAUGACAAAUACCCCUCAAACACACACACACACACACACACACACACACACACACACACACACACACACACACACACACACACACACACACACACACACACACACACACACAUACACACACACAGGACCCUCUCCAGGGACCAACCAUGGGGACUAUGCUGGAUUACAGAAUGCAUCUUAACCAUCUCUCAAACCAACACCCUGGACCCUCUCCUGAUUGGACGAUGAUACCUUGUGUAGGAGGGGCUGCAGGAUCCUGAAGGCAUCCUGAAGGUAUUCGGGAACAGACGUAAAGUGGGUUUAGUGUCGCUGUUCUUAGUUCACAUCCCUCCGCCCUACUUUUGUAAGCAGCCACGCCCUGCUUCCUGGGGGGAACCUCUCUCAACCAAACCCCCUCAUGGUGUUUGGUAACGUGCCUACGGUUAACUUUUUUUUUUCGGGGCGGCGGUGUCUCGUCGUUGUUAACCGGUGUCAGCCAUGCGUCAGGCAUUUAUGCAACAUGUUGUGCAUUUGAUUUGAAAAUACUAAGCCGACUUGAUGAAAACAUGUUUUUUUUUUGCAUAUUCCUGGUAAGAAAAAGUCAAUGAUGGAGAUCAUGAUGAUGGUGAUGCUGAUGGUGAGAAUUGUUGCCAUGGCAACCGGGGAUUCCAGACUCCAUACUCCCCAUCCCCAUAUCGGCCGGGAGCGCCCUAACCCUCUG